UUGUUUGUUUAUCCUCUCGAUGUCUGCCUCAGCACUUUUGGAGGACAAGGAGACAAUGAGGCAAAGAGGCCCAGAAGCAGAGGAAGUGAAAGACGGUCGGAGGGAUGGCGCAAUACGUGUUUGGGGGAGGGGGAGUCAGACUCGCAGACAGAAUGUUCAACCCCUUAAAGCAGAAGUCCUCAAAUACACCAUAUCAGACGUUAUCAUCUCUUAAAGGGAGAGGAGCCAGAAGGGGAGAUUCCCACUUCACGGUGAGCAGCACACAAACCAAGAACUAACCGCACGGUGAGCAGCACACAAACCCCAAACUAACCGCGCGGUGAGCAGCACACAAACCAAGAACUAACCGCACGGUGAGCAGCGUCAGGACCUAACCGAGGAACAAAGACUCAAGACCCAGAACAAAAGGAUGGAGUAUCACCUGGUUCUCACCACCUGCUACCUGGCCAUAGGUUGGUCCAGCGUCUCUUCUCUGAAUGUCACGGGCCUAGAAGGAGAAACUGUUCACAUUAACUGCCUCCCCACUGCUGGCAUCACAGACAAAGGCAGGUACUUCUGCAAAGGAGAGAAGCGCUACAGCUGCCAGGACAUCAUUCCGAUGGAGCGUGGAACCGGGACCGGGCUGGACAAGAGGUUCUCCCUUGACACAACGGGUCACGUGGUGGUGGUGCAGAUUAGGAAACUCAGGGGUUCUGAUUCUGGAACCUACUGGUGUGGAUCGGACCGACAGAGACGGUACAGGGACUACGUCCAGAUCUAUCUUUCUGUGGGACGCAAAGAAGAAGGACGUGGAACGACACAAAGCCUUUCUACUCCUGUGGUGGCGGAGCUACGCCCAAGACCCCCCACAGCGCCCCCUACAGCUCCACACGACACACCUGUCCGCCUUAUUCUCUCUGUGUGUCUGGUGACAGCCUUUGUGUUUGCUGUCACAGCCCUGAUGCUCCACAGACGCUCUGGGAAACAAUCAGAAGUGGCCAUCUCAAAUGAACCAAAUAAAGCGGGAACCGAAAUUGCAAUUGGUGAUUAUGAGAACAAUGGUCUGGAUAAAGACAACAAAAGCAUUAUUGAGAUGGCAUCUAUCUACCAAAGCUUACACCCCAACACUGCCCAACGUGAUGCAGUUUACCAGAGCUUGGACCCCAACACUCUACAACAUGAUGCAAUUUACCAGAGCCUGAACCCCAACACCCUACAACAUGAUGCAAUUUACCAGAGCCUGAACACCAACACCCUCCAACCUGGCGGAGUUUACCAGAGCCUGAACCCCGACCAGAGAGACUCAGUCUAUCAGAGCCUGAACCCCGACCAGAGAGACUCAGUCUACCAGAGCCUGAAGCCCGACCAGAGAGACUCAGUCUACCAGAGUCUGAAGCCCAACACCCUCCAACAAAGGCCUGUUUAUCUAAACCAGUAGAUCCCAAACCCUUCUUCCAUGAAGCAACGGAAAUAAAAACCUCACUGGUCCAAAUGUUGCUAGCCAAGCUAGAAAACACAGCACACACAGCAUUAGUUUAACUCUGAACUACCCCUGGCGUGCCUCAGAACUGCCUCUCGCGUGCUUCUGAACUACCCCAGCAUGCCUUUGAACUAUCCCUCGCGUGCCGUACAGGGAACAUCUAGCCAAAUGGAGGUGCCCUUGUUUGGGAACAUACUCUGUGUUAUGUUCAUGUAAAGGGAUUUCCAGACACCAAUAUCCAUUAUUUUUUUUAUAUUCUAUGCAAUAAUACAUAUAUUGAUAUCAUUCCAGUCACAGUGUGUUGGUGUGUUCAGUCAUUUGUCUUUUACACGACAAAACAAGUGUCUUUGUUGUUUAUUCAUUUUGAAAUAAAAAAACAUACACAUGU